UCCAGAGAAACAUCUGUAGCAUCCAUGAGCCAAACAAGUGGUGGUGAGGCAGGUUCGCCGCCUCCAGCUGUAGUUGCUGCUGGAUUUGCCUCUGAAGCAGGGAGUGUCUGCAUUAAAAAUGACCUGUAGUUCUCUGCUUCAUAGAUGCUUCUUCAGCUCCUUCCUCUUCCUCCAUGGGCGGUGCUUGCAGCUCCUUUACCACCUCUUCCAGUCCUACCAUUUACUCUACCUCAGUCACCGACAGCAAGGCUAUGCAAGUGGAGAGCUGCUCCUCAGCCGUGGGGGUAAGUACCAGAGGGGUAAGUGAAAAGCAGUUAACCAGUAACGCAGUCCAGCAGCAGCAGUCAACGCCGAAGAGACACACAGUCCUGUACAUCUCGCCACCACCUGAGGACUUGCUGGACAACAGUCGGAUGUCCUGCCAGGAUGAGGGGUGUGGAUUGGAGUCAGAACAGAGCUGCAGUAUGUGGAUGGAGGAUUCACCCUCCAACUUCAGUAACAUGAGUACCAGUUCCUACAAUGAUAACACUGAGGUGCCACGUAAAUCACGCAAACGAAAUCCAAAGCAGAGGCCAGGGAUCAAACGUCGAGAUUGUGAAGAGUCCAACAUGGAUAUAUUUGAUGCCGACAGUGCCAAAGCGCCUCACUAUGUCCUUUCUCAGCUCAGCACGGACAGCAAAGGCAACUCAAAAGCAGGAAAUGGGUUGGUAUCUGCUUUUUUUUUUGUUUUUGUUUUUUAAAAAAGAUAAGGUUCUAUCACCAUAUGUAAAACCAAACUAAUAAAACUCUCCCCAUGCCCCAUCAAGUGUUCUACUCAGGUUCUCACAUAAAUCCCUUCUCUUCUCUGCUGUUCCCUUUUGCGUCCUAGCCUUGUGAUAAGGUCUCAUUAGACUUGGUAGUCUUUAUUUAGAAGAUAAAGCUAAACUUCCCUGCAACAAUUGACACAGCACCGAUGAGCCCAUCUGUAUUGUUAUUUAAGUGAAAUUCCUCAAAGAUUGCACAAUUCCAUUUAUAGAAUGGCAAUGCAGAUGUAUUUAAAAAGAAAGGCAGAAGUGGACUGGACGCACCCUAAAUCUUAGUGGGUUUUUCAGGAUUUUAUGUGAGGAUUUCAGUCUGUACACUUCACCUGCUUCUGUUUGCCUCUCUAUUUAGCAAAUAGAGAGAGUGAUGAGAGAAGAAGCAAAUGGCUUGUUAGAAUUUCUCAUCAUUGGACUUAACACAUGCUUUACCUUUUUAUAAAAUGUUGAGAUGAUAUGGUGAACCAGAUUUUGUUUUUUCUUGUGAAUUCACUUCUGUAUUUUGAUUUUUUCAGAAAUAAAUCUCUAAUCCUGUUUCUCUCUGUGCUUCUGGGUUGUGUGCAUGCGUGUGAUGUAUGUGGGCACGCUUGGGUGGUGGUCUCUCAUCUCUCCCACUUCACACUGUUCACUAAAUGCAUUUCAGUAGUUGCUUAAAGAGGAAAAACUCCAUCGGUUUACAGUAGUGUGUUGAUACAUUUUUAUUUUUUAACUUGUGGCUUCUUUAGAACUGUUAAGAUAGUUGAGUGGAUAGAUUUGGCUUUUUUAUUUUGGUUUUUCUUGGGGUAGUUUAUUUUGUUUGUUUUUAUGUAUGUGCUUGCAGUACGUUCUAAUGUUCAUCACAGUAAUGGUGAAUAUGAAAAUCUGACGGAUGGGAAAGAUUAUGAACUUCUCAUAUUCCAAAGGGAAAGAGCCUGGAGUCUGUAUUCCCAGGGUCAUUGCAGUUCCAUACUUAAAAUUUCACUGUGAGAAAGUGAUUCUGAGGAACUCUCCAGAGUGCUGCUGCUCCCUGCCAGCUGGGUACCACAUCGGGGCCCAUGGAGCUGCCUAGUACCAGGAGCGUUGGCUCUGCCAUUGACCUGUGGGUCUCCUGGUGUUUCCUCACAGCAGACACUAAGCUUGGCUGCAGUUGUCCAGCAUCUCUUGUUUUCACCAGCUGAAAUAACUGAUAAUAAAGUAAUACCUUAGUACAUGGUAGACCCAAAGAAGCAAAUUAGUGUAUGUAAAGUAGCUGCUUGGAAGGAGGAAACUAUCUCCAUUCAGCAGAGGGGGUCAGGUGCUCCCUUACAGAGGGAAGAAACUUACUGAAAGGCAAGAACUAUGUGACUAUAAAUGUGAUCUCUGGGCAGAGAGGAGAGAUUUAGUAAACUCUGGAACAAUAUGAAGGCUCCAGCCCUGGCAGUGUUCAAGGCCAGGUUGGACACAGGGGCUUGGAGCAACCUGCUCUAGUGGAAGGUGUCCCUGCCCAUGGCAGGGGGUUGAAACUGGAUGAGCUUUUAAGGUCCUUUCCAGCCCAAACCAGUCUGUGAUUCUAUGAUCUCAAUCUGAAGUGUCACAAGACUGUAGCAUUCUCUAAAAUAUUAGGGUCUACCCAGUGGACAUUCAUCAGUGCUGUCAGCAGUACUCCAAACGCAGGGGGAGAUCAUAGUUUUUUUUCCACAACAUGUCUAAUGCAGGCUAGGUGGAACUGCAGCAAAACUCUUAUAUAACAAAAUUGUCCUUUUGAAUAAAAGCUCUGGGGCGAAAAAUGGCCAAGACACUAGAAAAUGUAAUUUUGCAGCUGGAAUAUGGAGAUUUAGCAUUACAAAUCUAGGUCACAGUAGUGACUGGUUUGUUUGUUUGGGUUUUUUUUUAACUCUCCAGCCCUAUGGAGUUCAGCCAAAGGAGUUCAUUUACUUUCGGCUUUAAGAAAAGAGCAAGGAAAGCAGCCUUGCUAAUUUGUGAAGUGGAAGUAGCAUUUGCCUGAAGGGACUUCUAAUAGGUCUUCAAAAACUAGGAAGAAAAAAGAGUAUAUUCUUGUGGAAACUGUUGGAAUUUUUGAAAGCCUUUUUUAGAAGUGGAUGAAUUAAUGGUGAUUUAGGGCAAGGAGGCUCAGAUUUUUGACAUGCUUGGCCUCACUUUCACUUCCAGGUCUUCACUGGGAACAGCUCUAAUGCCAGUUUGGGACCAGGUGAACCUUAACUCAGGAAAUCUGUUCUAGUAGAAUCAUGAGGUUUGCUACUUACACUUCUUGUUUAGAAAAGAAGAGCUAGCUUUGAGGAGACCUUGUCUAGUAAUGGUUAAGCUAAUAAAUAAAUGUGUGUGUAUGAAAUGUUUUACUAUCUGUAUGUGCACAAAUAUUAGCAUUACAGAUAAACUAAAUUAAAAGGAUGUAUAAAUUGUAUACUUGGAAUUUGAGAAGAAAGACCACUGAGAAGUUCUAGUGAAGGCUUUACAAUUGCUUUCAGGUUCAGCUAAUGUGAUUGAAAGUAAUGAUUACUUUAGGUUUGUAGACGGAAGACUUUCAAAAUAAAGCUUGGGCAGCAUAAAGGCAUGUAUAAAAUAUAAAAAUGUAUAAAAUAAUAGUAUGUGGACAAUUCAGGUAAUUUGGGUUUUAAGAGUAAAGUACUCUCAGGAGAACAGGCUUGUCUUGGAGAGGCCAAAGUGUUAACGUCGCACUGCUAAAACUUUGCAUUUUCAGUGUUGAAAGUCACUUUAGUUUUGAUGGCUGCCGCUCUCAACACUCCCCCUUCAAAAGUCAAUAAUAUCUCAGUCUCCCUGUAAAUUUAGGGAGUGGGAACCUCCAUGUGUGACAUCUUUCUGUGGAGUGUUUUCCCAGGCCAAGGUGCAGGAAGCACGUGGCCCAGGCACAGUUUGGGAAGAAUGAGAUGGUGCCUGCAGCAGCUGGGGGUACCUCGUGUGGCUUCUUGUGUUCCCUGGGGGAAGCCAAGAGAGCAUCAGAGAACCAGAAGGGAGCUGGAGGGAAGAAGACCCCAAUGUUGUGUGGUCAGUAUCCGACUAAGAGUGAGGGGAAGGAGCUGAAGAUUGUGGUACAGCCAGAAACCCAGCACAGGGCUCGUUACCUGACUGAAGGCAGCCGAGGCAGUGUGAAAGACCGGACACAGCAAGGCUUUCCAACUGUCAAGCUGGAAGGUCACAAUGAGCCGGUGGUGCUGCAGGUAUUUGUGGGUAAUGACUCUGGUCGAGUGAAGCCACACGGGUUCUACCAGGCCUGCAGAGUUACUGGGAGAAACACUACUCCCUGUAAAGAAGUGGAUAUAGAGGGGACUACUGUUAUUGAGGUUGGACUGGACCCAAGCAACAAUAUGACACUUGCGGUUGAUUGCGUUGGAAUACUGAAGCUAAGAAAUGCUGAUGUUGAAGCUAGGAUAGGGAUUGCUGGCUCGAAGAAGAAAAGCACACGUGCGAGGCUGGUAUUUCGUGUUAACAUCACUCGCAAAGAUGGUUCAACUUUGACUCUUCAGACACCCUCUUCCCCAAUUUUGUGCACUCAACCAGCAGGAGUUCCAGAGAUCCUAAAGAAAAGUCUGCACAGUUGUUCAGUGAAGGGUGAAGAGGAAGUUUUUCUGAUUGGCAAGAACUUUCUAAAGGGAACAAAAGUGAUUUUCCAAGAGAACGUUUCUGAUGAGAAUUCGUGGAAGGCAGAAGCUGAAAUAGACAUGGAAUUAUUUCAUCAGAAUCAUCUUAUUGUGAAGGUGCCACCAUAUCAUGACCAGCAAAUAACCUCAGCUGUUUCUGUGGGAAUAUAUGUGGUGACCAAUGCUGGAAGAUCACAUGAUGUGCAACCAUUUACGUACACUCCAGAUACAUCUGGUACUCUGAAUGUUAAUGUGAAAAAGGAAAUCUCCAGCCCAGCCCAACAUUGUUCUUUUGAAGAGGCUAUAAAAGCAGUGAAAGCCACUGGUUGUAACCUGGAGAAGGUCAACAUUCUUCCUAGUGCCUUGAUAACUCCGCUUAUGCCAAGCAGUAUGAUUAAGAAUGAAGAUGUGGCUCCAAUGGAAGUAAGUGCAGAAAAAAGAUCUCCCCCUGUCUUCAAGGCUUCAAGUGUCGUUGGACCAACUCAACAAACAUUGGAAAACAGUAUGUCCGGCAUAUCAACUUCUGCUUCCCACUUACCUUCUGAAAAUGAAAACCAGCAACAAAUACAGCCGAAGGUGUAUAAUCCAGACACACUAACUACUAUCCAAACACAGGACAUUUCCCAGCCUGGUAGCUUUUCAGCAGUCUCAACUCCAGGUCAGCUGCAGAACAGUGAUGCAUUAUUGCAGCAAGCUGCACAGUUCCAAACAAGAGAUGCCCAAGCCAGGGAAGUCUUGCAAUCAGAUGGCACAGUAGUCACUUUGUCACAGUUAACUGAUGCAUCACAACAACAACAGUCUACGCUCUCAGAACCAGCACAGGCAUUGCAGCAACAGAUUUCUUCAAGUAUUUUCUCAUCAGCAAGCGGCGUAAGUCAGUUACAGAACACUAUCCAGCAACUGCAAGCUGGAAAUUUUCCAACAAACACUGCCACUGGCAGCAAUAGAAAUGUUGACUUGGUGCAACAGGUGUUGGAAGCUCAACAGCAGUUAUCUUCUGUUUUAUUUUCUGGUUCAGACAGCAGUGAGGAUGUUCAAGACCAGCUAAAUGCUGAUAUCUUUCAGCAAGUUAGCCAGAUACAAAAUAGCGUAAAUCCUGGUAUAUUUUCCUCAUCAGACACAGCUGUCCAUUCCAGACCAGAGAAUCUUUUGCCUGGACGAGCUGAAAAUGUUCACUCACAGCCUGAAAAUGCAUUGUCCAGUCAACAGCAACAACAACAGCAGCAGCAGCAGCAGGCGAUGGAGACUUCUGCAGCAAUGGUGAUAGGAAUCCAACAAAACAUUUGCCAAGCUGCAACACAGAUGCAGUCUGAUUUGUUCUCCUCAACAACGUCGGGGAAUGGAGCCCUGCAACAGUCACCUGUUUACCAGCAGGCUUCCCACAUAAUGAGUGGGUUAUCAACAAGUGAAGACAUGCAAAUGCAGUGUGAAUUGUUCUCUUCCUCUCCUGGUGUUUCUGGAAGUGAGACUUCUACCGCUGCUCAGCAGCAGGUCUCCAACAAUGGACCUGCUAUGUUUCAGACCUCAAAUUCUGCAGAUGGAGAAGAAGCUUCAGGACAGAAUAAACAGAUGCAAAGCACUGUAUUUCAGACCAUGGUUCAAAUGCAGCAUAGUGGAGAAAGUCAAUCUCAAGUUAAUCUCUUUUCAUCUACUAAAAACAUGAUGGCUGUUCAGGCAAGUGGAACUCAACAACAAGGAGGCAGUCUGUUCCAACAGGGCGGAGAAAUCAUGUCUAUUCAGUCAGGAAGCUUUAUGCAGCAAUCUCCACAUUCACAAGCUCAGCUUUUUCACUCUCAGAAUCCUAUUGGUGAUACUCAGAAUAUAUCACAGGAAACACAAGGCUCUAUUUUCCACAGUCCAAAUUCCAUUGUCCACAACCAGACCAGUACCAAUUCCUCAGACCAACUGCAGCCCCCAAUGUUCCACUCGCAGAACACCAUGGGUGUAUUGCAGAGCUCUUCAGUUCCUCAAGACCAGCAGUCUGCCAACAUUUUCCUUUCCCAGAGUUCAAUGAGCAAUGCUGCAACUCAGGAAGAACAGAUGUCAUUCUUUACAAGCCCAAAUUCCAUUUCUCCUCUUCAGACAGCAACAAACACUGAACAGCAGAAUUCUUUCCAGCAGCAGACACAGAUAUCUCAUAUCCAGAGUACUAUGCUUCCCCAAGAACAGCCCCAGACUCAGCCUGCUCAGCAAGGUUUGUUUCAGUCUCAAGUGUCACUAGGCUCUAUCCAGUCCAGUUCAAUUCCUCAGAACCAGCAAGGAGCUAUCUUCCAGCCUCAGCAUUCAAUAGUUGCUAUUCAGAGUAGUCCUCCAUCCCAAGAACAGCAGCAGCAGCAACAGCAGAAUAUGAUGUUCAGUAAUCAAAAUGCAAUGAGUACAAUUGCUUCUCAAAAGCAGAACAUGAUUUUCAAUCCAAAUCAAAACCCGGUUACCAAUCAGGAGCAGCAAGGCCAGUCCAUUUUCCAUCCACAGACUAACAUGGCAUCAAUGAACCAGGAGCAGCAGCCCAUGCAAUUCCAGAGUCAGAGUACUGUGUCUUCUCUUCAAACUCCUGGAUCCAGCCAGGCUGAAGCACAGCAGCCAGCCAUCUUCCAUAACUCACCCCAGAUUCAGUUGGUUCAAGGAUCACCAAGUUCUCAAGAGCAACAAGUCACCCUCUUCAUCUCUUCAGCUUCCAUGUCUGCCCUGCAGAAUAGUAUGAGCCAGCAAGAGCUGCAGCAGUCUCCUAUGUAUUCUUCUCAAAACAGCAUGGCAGGAAUGCAAGGAACUGCUUCUCCUCCACAGCAACAAGCUGCUUUAUUCCACAACGCAGCAGGAGGUGCUAUCAACCAGCUGCAGAAUUCUCCUGCUUCAUCUCAGCAAACAUCAGGAAUAUUCCUGUUUGGCAUUCAAAACAACUGUGGCCAGCUGCUAACUUCUGGACCAGCGACGUUGCCUGAUGAGUUGAUGGCUAUAAGUCAGCCAGGUCAGCCGCAGAGCGAGGGACAAGCAGCCGUGCCAACUCUUCUCUCCCAGCAGAUGUCUGAGACAUCUCCAUUACCUUCAGCUAUGGCAACCAACCAGAAUAUUGAGAAGAUAGAUGAUCUGCUUGUGUCAUUGCAAAACCAGGGGAACAAUAUGGCUGGCUCCUUUUAAUUAGUCAAAAAUUCUGUGAAGAAAAAAGUGAUGAUUUCCCAGAUCCUCUCAGACCUUCCAGCUCUGGAUUAGGCUGUGUGGAACUGAUUGCUUCUGUCAAAGAGUGGCCCUCUUCUUUAAAGAGCACACACAUGGCCAAUUGCAACGUCUAGCACCUAAGGCUAUGACCAUAGUAUUUGGGAUUUGUAGUGCCAAUAAUGCUGAAAAGCUAUGCUUUGUUUUACUAGGGCAUGGGAUUGUACUGUUACCAGAUUCCUAAACCUCAUUAAUAGUGGGGUGCUCUUUGAAUUUAAAGCAUAUCUAAUCAGCUAUUAUUGCUGGUAGAAGGUAAUACGUCACCACGUUUACUAUUGUUUCCUCCUCUUCCUUCUUUACAUCCCUCUUUUGACUAGAAAAGCUUGUGAAGCAGAAACAUCAAAUGCCUGUGCCAUGAGCCACAACUCACAGCUGUCAAUAAGUGAAGGGAUCAUGUUUUAGAGUUGAGUGGGAGAGCUAAUACUGCAAUUUGCUGAUUGCAGUAGGCAGCAAUGACAAAUAGUGAUAACUUUAAUCAGCAAGCAGAGGAUUGUUCGCUUCUGUAGAUAGCCACAGGUGGGCGCUUCCCAUCUGCAGAUGUGAUUAACGGUUCUCCAUGUCUCUUUACAUGUGGCUUGUACAUGGGGCAAGGGUUUGGUGGCUCUAACAAAAUGAAGAAAUUAAGGGGAUUUCAAUUCAAUUUUUCUUUUAAAAUCUUAUCCUCUAAAAUACCUUCUAAAGAAGAUUCUGCCUGGCUGAGGAAGGAAGUCUGUGUCUCUUGACUGGAUGGGUUCGAACUCUGUAAAGCUGCGUUAACCAUUCUCAAACCAGCCUUCUCCCUUCAAUUCUUCUCAUGGUUUUCCUUCUCUCUUCCUCAGUUUCAUAUUGUGUUUUAAAAAAAGACAUAAAUAUCCUAAUGGCUUUAAAUAUCAGAAGUAACUUUUAGGAAUCCGUGGCAUUAAAUUGCUUAGUCAGUGGAAGUUUUGACAAGUAAUCAAGGAUUAAGGAGAGAGGAAGCAAUUUCUCCACCACCUUCUAAAUGCAGGAACCCCCCUUAACCAGGCAUUUUUCCAGCUGUUAUUGAUGUAAAUCUUCAGCUUGACUUUACUCCAAGUAGGGGGCAAAUUACUUCAUUUUUAAGCAUUCUGGAAAAUUUCACUUCAUCCUGAGCUGUUGCAUCUUUGUAGCAUAUUGAGCUCACUGCAGUUUUGAGGUUGGUUUGUUUUUUUUUUCACCUACCAACAGUCCCCCAAGUCUAGUUUCUAGAUUGUCAUGUUUCAAUUUAAAACGAGAAAGAAAACAUCGACGAAUGUUACAGAAUGUAAAAACAACCCACUCCAGACCAUGCAGUUGUAUUGUGAGGCAUGUGCAUUUUUUGGGUGCUCCAACUAUCUGAACAGUUUUGUGAAUUUUCACUACAGCCUCAUUCAGAUCUUUGUUUCUUCUUCUGCACGUAGAAAGCUGUUGCUGCCUUUAGAGCCAGACAGCUGUCAUGUAUGGCGAUUAUGCCUUGGUAGAGUGUAGUUGGUAUCAUGUCAUUUUACAUUUUUGUUAUUUUGAAUAACAAAGACUAGUCUGUAAAUGGUUUUUUAAGUUCCUCUAGUCUGUUUACUGUGUGUUUUUUCCCUUAACUUGUGUGCUUAGUUGAGCCGUGUAGAGUUUUUGUUUGUUUAAUGGAUUUUCCCGUUUGUCAGUCUGUCCUACCGUUCACUUUCUCUUUCUGUCUCUCUCUUUCUCUCUCUCAUUGAGAGGCAUUGAAUUACGUUUUCAGUAGUAAGGCUUCUUGCCGAUAUGAAGGGAACUUUUCAGAAAGAGACCUGCUCUGGGUCAUUUAAUUUUGAAUACAGUUUUCAAUCGUUCAAGUUUUGGAUGGUUUAUAUCUAAUGUGUGUUUCAUUUUUUUGGAAAGCUAUAUUUUGUAUUUAGGAAAUGGUAUACUAUUUUGCUAUUUGUACUGAGUGAGUACAUUGGCAUAAAUAUAAAAAUUUAUAUAUAUACAUAUAUAUAAAAUAUUCUUUUUGCCACACAUUUUUGUGGUAAAUUUGUGAGUUUGUCUGAUGUUCUACCACAACGUGGCGUCUGAUAACAGUGGGGUGGGGUGGGGUUUGUUAUGUCUUUAUUGAGUAUUUAAGUACUUUUUGCAACAUAAACAACUUGUUCAUCUCUCGCCAUUCCAUCAGGCAGUUUAUUGUUCCAACUGGCUAUGAGAAGCUUCCCUGUGUGUUCUGAUGUGUCCGUCACUCAGCAAUACAGUCUAGCAAGGAAACCUGUAGGCAUUUAGGCAUAUAUAAAGUAACAGGGUUUCAUUCAGGAUGAGCCAUUCAGCUUUUGUCCACGAUCAUUGUCUAUUUAAUAUUUUUAUUAUUAGUGCCUCUGUGUUUUAACUCUUAAUUUAUGAUUAUGCUAAUAUGUUUAAAAUUUUAAUCAUGAUAAAUACAAUUCCCUGCUUCCUAAUGUCCACUGCUGCUUUAACCCUGAACCAUACCUUUUCUUUCUGUGAUUUAUUUUUUAUCUCCUGCUAAGACAAGAUAUUAACAAUCUCUUUAUGGUUCAUGACAUGAAAGCAGCAAUCUAAAUGCUAUAUGAGGCUAUGUAGAAGACUGAGAAUUAUGGACCGAAGCAACUUCCAGAUGCUUGUGGAAGUCGAUAGCCAGUUAUUUGAAAAUGAACUUGUGGCUUUUGCAGGAUCACAGUCCCAGGACAAGCUGCUGGGUGUUGUCCAGAGCCUUCAUACACAGAAGAAGUAACAGGAAUGAUAAAUUCACUUGUGUGCUGCUUCAGUUUGUUCUGUUGUUCCAAAGGGGUGUAUCCUUACGUGGAAGUGUGGUUGGUCAGUGCCAAGUCACCAGGGACCAAUUCUCCAUUUAACAAGAUGGGUGUCCAAAAGAGAACUUCAUACCAAGACUGCUACAGCUCCAGGGGAAGGGUAUGUCUGAAUUGUGUGCGUGUUUUGGGUCGCUCGUGAAGAGAAGAGAAAAAAAAUGUAAAAUAAUAAAAAAGGGCUGUGCUAUCACGUUUUUCACUUCUGGAUAACACCUUUUCUUGUGUUAAAUUUAUCGUGUUCAUUUUAGGUCAAUGUUUAAAUGUACAACACUUGGAACAUGUGAUUUGGUUACAAAAAGUAUUUGUCUUCUGAAUGAAGAGAUUGCUCAGUGGUUGAUCAGUGCUUGCAGACAGCUGUUACAGAGGAUAAACAGAGGUUUGAUAAGCCAGUUAAAAGAGCUUAAAGACGGGCUGCAGGAUUUCAUGGCAGAAAGACCCAAGAAGAGUGUGAGCCACAUCUGUAUUUUAUCAGUCCUGAACAUUUACUUUUGGCAUUUAAGCAGUUGGUAUUGAUAAUUGGAGCUUACUCUGAUUUUUUUCUUUUAUUUUAAUCCCAUCCCUGUAUUUACUACUCUGCAUGCUCACUCUGGAUUGCCUGGGAUCUGUGAGUAGAUGGAUUCUCAGUAGUUGCCUGCAGAGGUGAGGCGGUGGCAUCAUGUCUAGUCCAUUUUGGGUGAGAAAGAAGAUACUGAGAUAUUAGUCUCUAUAAAUUUGAAGUUCUCGAUGCCAUUACUCUAAAGGGGAAGUUACUGUCAUAUCCGCAAAGCAGCAAUAAAGUGUCGAAGAUACUACUGGGUGAAAAUGGAAAACUGUAGAGCUGCAUUGCUGGGAUGGGUUUUAAGUGUCUUGGUUUUUUCGGCUGCCUUGAGCUCACUUCUGAAAGAACCAAGAAGUCUAAACCUCCGUGUUCAGUGUGGGCAGUACUCUUGAGCAUGUGCCUCUAACUCACCCAUGGUCCGCUCUGCGCAGCGUCUGUGGGGUGUUGGGUUCACAGAACACCCAUUUGUUGGCACAGGUUAAAAUCUGGGGAGAAUUAACCUGCUAGCUGCCAGUCAUGACUGCUGCAUGCAUUCUCUUGGCUGCUUAUACACUGGGUAUAUGUGUGUAUAUAUGUAUAAAAAUUGUAUGAAUAGCACAUAAUACACAGUUGUCAGCAUCUCCUCUGGCAGGAAGUUAUUGGAUCUUUGUGCUUAAUUAGCAAGUCCACGUUUUGUUAUUAAUUGCCUCCUCACUGUCUGAUCUUUCAGCAGUUAUUCAAGCCAAAUGUUUUUUUAUUAUUUUAAUAUAAAAGUAGUUCCAGAAAUUAUUUCAGGCUUGCUGAUUCAAAGUGGAUGUUUAAUCACCAAUCAUUUCAUUAUGAUUACUUCUAAUUACUGAUAGCGUGGUUACUUCCUGUAUAGUUUUAAAGUAGAAUAAAGCAUGAGCAGUUCAGCAUUUGUCACUUUGGCAGGUUUUUUAACUGGAAAAACUGAGAGUCUGGGCAGCUGUAUCAGUGGACAUUCCCCUAAUUUAGAUAAGUUGAUUUAUUUGUAUUUAUUUACUUUUUAAGCUUCUAUUGUGAUUUUGGUUUAGGAUAUCGUUUCUAAAUAGAAAACUUGUCUGAACGGAUUUUCUAUUACCUUUCCAGAGUCUUCAGAAAGAAUACUAAUCAAGUCAGAAGCUUGCAUUUGUCUUAAAACCUAGUUUAAAUCAUUAUUUGAGGAAGAGGAAAGAUGAUUUAUUAAAAAGCAAAAUCCAAAAGUUGUUGCUGGACUAAAAAAGCUGCACGUGGUUUCCCCUAAGGGUAUGUUCAUUAAGAGGAAAGAGUUUGCCUGUCAGUGUUUGGCUCUCUACAGUGCUUCUGUGCAGCAAACUGGGGCUGCUUUUUCAGGGUAAUUCCACGAAAGGAGUACGAGGGAUUACAGGCAGCGACAGAGGCAAGAACAAGGAGAAUGAAUUGCUUUGCAUGCUCUGAGCUAUGAGGUGUGUGUGGAAGUUGAGAAGAACUAUUGAUCACUGGUGACUUUUCAUUAGUGCAGUGUUUAUUUUCAAGGAAUAGGUGUUUGUUGUGUUCUGGAGGACUGGUGACAGUUCCAGUCUUUUAGCAGCUAAAAGGAAACAAGCACUGAGAUGCUUUCUUUGGCUGGGGGAUUUGUUUCAAUUUGGAGCAGUCUUUUGAGAUAGAUUGUGAGCUGUUGAAAUGGGAUAAAGAAACUUGCAGCAGCAGAUGAACUCUGGUAGAAGUGUACUUGUAAAGUUCUUUAAUGGAGUUUGGGGCUCUGAGGGGUCACGCAGGAGGGAGCAGCUUUUCCUUUCUUACAGUCUGUAUAAGUAUGUAAAUAGGCAAUGCCUGUAUAUUCUAGGAUUAUAUAUAUGUAUAUAGAGGAAUCAUAUCUAUUAUACACAAAUGAUAAGUAGGCACAUGCAUAGAAUACUGUUAUAUUUACAUUUUUAUAAACCUGAAAUAAUACUACUUUUCCUUAGUAUGAGGUCAUUUACCAAGGGUUUUGUAGUUAUUCAUUAAUAGUUGUCUGAACACUUGAGUACCGUACAUGUGGUGCUGUUGGUAGCAUUGCUCUGCUUGUGAACGUCACUGAUAGCUGUGGGUUGGAAACAGCUGUACACUUUUGUACUUUUAUAUGUUUUUAUUCAUAGUUUCAGCUGUGGGGUAGCGAAGCACUCGAACUGACAGCCCUGGGCAGAGCUGCUGCUGGAUGGGCUCUGGAGAUGCGGCGGCAGCAUGGGCUGUCUGCAUCCGUGUGCUCCCCUGCCAGCUUUCCAUGGGUUACUCCUGAUUUGGGGACCUUUUCCCGUUCUCAGUCUCCUGCAGCUCGUGCAGGUAGGGAAUGGUGGUGGCCGUGUUGCUCCGGAGGAGCUGGGCUGAGGCCAGCAGCUCUCUGCUGGUGGGUUAUAGUUGUUGCAGAGCAAAGAAUCAGGCUGCAGCUCAGCUGGGUUGUGUUUGGAUCGAGAAGGUUAAGCUUAUUCUGUCACUCCUCUCUCUUAUCAUAGAGACAGGCAUGUUUACUUUCUUUAAUCUGACAUUUUACUGCAACAGUCCAUAUCUACAAAACUCCUUGGAAGCUGGUGAGAGCUCUCCUUGGUUUUCAGGCAUGAGGGACCCUGUACGCUGAUCUCUUACUUAGAUUGUGUGAGGAGCUAAACUUUCUCAAAGAAAUCCAGAUUGUCGUGUCACUGGUGUGUAUUUUAUUCACCAGGACUCUUGAUGACGAAUCAGGUGCAGUUUGACAGGAGGUUGAUCACUGAACAUUGUUGUCCUGGUACAGGCUCUAUCCAAGCAACUCUGCCAAACUGAAUGCAAAUGCCCUGAUUUCCUCUCUUUGAGCCAUCAUUUUGCAGGUCUCAUCUCUGCUGUUCCAGAGAUCUGUAAUUUUUGCUGUUACAGUUCAUGAAAUUGCCUCACAAUAUUCAAGUGUUUUGGGGGUGAGGAACCCCAGGAUUCCUCUGCUUGCUGUGGGACACUCACCGACACUCUGCUUGGUUCAGACUCCAAACCUCCACCACCCAGCAGCACUGUGAAAUACUCCAGUUGUGUUUGUUUGCUCCAGGACUCAGAUGAGUCAAGGGCCCUGUGUUGGGAUCGUGUAGAUGUCCAUGACUUCGCUGUGGUCCCUGGAGCUGCCCCUCUGAGCUGGGGCUGGUCUGAUCCGAGUGUCCCUUGUUCAGGAGUGUGGCUGUUGCAGAGGUUGGGAUAACAGUGCUCGGGGGAAGCUCCCUUUUGGAAGGAUAGAGAGCAGUGCCUCGGGGUGUUGCAGAACUGUGCACACAUUCCCAUGUCCUGCUUAGUAGACCACAGUAUUCCUGAAGCCUUUUUAUUGCGGACGUGAUUUGAACUACUUACGUUUGAGCUCAUUAUUAAGGAGUAAGCUCCAACAAACCUUGAGAGCAGAGCUUUCUACCUCUGUCACUAGCUGCAUCUUGGAGUGGCUUUACCCACCUUUCUGCCAUGCUUUCCUGGGGCACCGGUCAACUGCUGAGCUGCCUCUUCCACUGUCCUGCAAUGUGAAAGUAGCACCAGAUAUUCCUUUGUGCAUUUCUGUGUAUAUGGCUUUCGUAGUUGGGGGUUUUCCAAGCACUGAUACCCAGUGUUUUCAGUUUGUUCUACGAGGGGAUAUUUUAUUUGCAUCUAUGUUUUUAGCUAUCCUGUGAUAACUUGUUGAAUAUUAAAAAACAAAAAUAUUUUGCUUCUAUUGGGACAUUUGUAUACUCGCAACUAUAUUUCUGUAAACAGCUGCAGUCAAGAAUAAAACAAUGAAAGUUUUCAUUUU